AUGUAUAAAGUAGUUAAAACAGCCUUAAUUCAGUGUACUUACACAUUUAAAUCUUUAAUACAGUUUUUCUAUCUAUUUUGCAGAUGGCCGGAGUUUGUGAAGAACUACGCCCCGUGGUGGGCGUCCCACACACUGGACUGGCUGAAUUACGGGAAGAACGUCCACGUGGUCCACUUUGAGGAGCUGAAAAGGGAUCUGUUCUCACAGCUGAAGGGAAUGGUCCAGUUUCUCGGUCCGAAGGUCUCCGAGGACCGCCUGCUCUGUGUGGAGGGCCAGAAGGACGGCAACUUUAAGCGAUCAGGGCUACGAAAGCUUGAGUACGACCCCUACACGGCUGAGAUGAGAGCGAACAUCAACGAGCUGAUCAGAACAGUUGACGCUGCCUUGAAGAAACGGAAAAUGCCCGGAGCUCCAGAGGAGUAUCUGCCGAGAUGA